AUGCUUGGUACUGUAGAAUUUACCUCAAGUAUCUGGGCAGAUGAUGAACUCAAGGCCUCUUGGGCCAGCUUGAAGACCUUGGAGGCGGCAGCAACCCAUUGCCUUCAGACGCCUUCUUUUCAAGACUAUUCAGAGAGAGCAAAAGCAGAAAUUUUCAGGAAUUCAGACAAGCAAAGGCUGGAUUUGCUGGAACUCUAUAACCAUAAACAUAAAAUUUCAAAGAGUGAUAAAAACAAAGAGUUUUUGGUUACCCCAUGGAGGAAGAUGCUGAGAAUCUUCAUGGGGGUUUAUUUUGUAGUUGUGAAGAAAGAAAACUUUGAAGAAAUAUCAACUCUUGAGAGCUUAGUAAUGAAGAAUACACCCAUCAAGCCCCUACCUUCAAGAUCGCACCAGCCAGGGAAUCUGUAUAAGGAGUUCAUAUCACACAUCAUGGCAAGAUUGGGGGAAAGAAUCGUGUUAACCAUCCUUAUAAGAUCCUUGUCUUCAGCACCUGUUCAUAAUAUACCAGAAACAUAUCAGUCAAUUUCCAGGCUUCUUACACCAGAAGCACAGUAUGGCACAGCUUUCACCAAAUAUAUGAGGUUUAUUGAUAUGGCAGAGAGAUUGGUUUUAGCAGGAAUCAAAAAUGUUGAUUUAAUAAAAAGCUUUGCUUCUAUGGGUACAAAAGAAGUUGAACGUUUUGUAAAACCACUCAAAUGGGUGAGAGGUUUUGAUGAUUUGCAUGAGAUCUUAUUUCACCGAGGUGUGCUGGGUGAUGGAUCCCCAACAUCAUAUUUCACAACUGCUUUCCAAGGUGAAGAAAUUCAUACAGUUCAACUGAUCAAGAGUGGGUUUCAAAGGAUGCAGUACUUGGCCCCAGGGAAGAUGAUGCAAAUUUUGAACAAUCUCCAAGGAAUACAGUCAGGGCAGGUUGAAUUUGAAUCCAUUCUGGGAGGUUUCAAAAUGUUAAAAUCAUGGGAUACUUUUUCAGAAGGUGUUGAUGACACAAUUGGGGAAAAGAAGAUUGCUUUGAGUAAAAUUGCACAUAUGAUUGCUUUUGCAAUUCAAAGUCUGGAAGAUGAAAAUGAGCAUGUGGUUUUUUUGCACAUGGUUGAGUGUUUCCUUGGAGAGCUGAAACCAUUGAAAGAUAUCAACAGUGAUCUCAUUUUUGAACACACAAUAAAUACCCUUAUGUUCUUCUUUCUGAUCAAAGAGGUCAGCACAAUUGUUGGAUCCUUGAUCACCCUGGAAGAUAUCAACUCAGUUUCUGGGAAUCAGCUGUUUGUGCUUCAAUCUAUCCAAUUCUUCCAGGCUAUCCUCAAAUCUACCUUGACACAAACAAAUCAAAGAAGAAGAGCAAAAUAUCUUCAGCUCAAUCAGAGUAUGCACUCAGAAAUUGGCAAGAUCUAUAGAGUUUACCUCAGCCUGACACACCACUUCAACAACUUGAGUGCAAUGGCUCACGGACAACUUCUGACUGAAUAUUGCAUCCAAAAUCUAAAGGAUGAUAUAAAAGAUAUACAAAAAUUUGAUACCAAGAAGUUGGCCUAUGCCAGUCUUUUCAGAAAUUAUGACAGAGAGGCGCAAAAGGAAAAAACAAUCUUGUAUCAAUCACAAAAAGCAAGAUACAGCUGCUUUCUGAGUUCCAUCCAAGCAUUCCCCACCAAGGAGACUAGAGCCAAAAAUCUUCCCAUUGCUUCCAUCUCAGAAGCAGGAAGUCAAGCAGAUGGAGGACAUAUUCAGAAGAAGUUCAAACUGUUUGGUUCAUUCAUCCCUAUACCUGAUACUUUUUCAGGCAUCCAAAUGGAACAAGUAGAAGGAUAA